AUGCAUAACAUAGUAGGAAUACUGCAAAAGGAAAGCCCUGAAUCUUUAUCUAAUAAGGAUAAUGAUGAAUUAAUAAAUGAAGAAGAAUUUUUUAUUGAAAAUCAAGCAAGUAAUAAUAGCACAAUCGAAUAUGUUGAUAGUUUUGAGUCAGAUUUCUUUACACAGCAAGAAAUUGUAUUAUUUCAGCAAAUUUAUCAAACCAAUUUAAUACAAAACUUUAUGAAAUAUAAAGAAAAAAAAAGUCAAAUGUCUGAACAAGAUGAUUAA